CUUCGCCUUCCAUUCCCUGAGGGCGCCGAAGCGGGAGGCGGGAAAAGGCCGGCCCGCGCCCACGCUGCCCGGAGGGGCCUCGCUCGACCUGGGCUCCGACAAGUGGCGCUUCGGCUUCAGCGCCUCAUGCCUCACGCUGGGCCUGACGUGUCCAUGAUGCUCUUCUGAUGGGUUGCCGUGCUGCAGUUGCCGUGCUGCUGCAGUUGCCGUGAUGUGGUUGCCUAGGCAACGCCCAUCCUCUUGCCAGUGGAGCCAAGAUGGCUGCCCCAAAGGCAACAGGGGAGAUGGGAGGCGGAGAGACCCCCACCAUGGGGCCAGGAAGGACGGAGCCAGAGGAGAAAGGAAACAGGGGUGACAUUAUGAGCUCCCCGGCCGUGACCCCCGACGUGGAGCUGGACAUGAAGGACGUGGAGCUGAACGAGAUGGAGACCGAGAAGCAGCCCAUGAACGCCGCCGCCUCCUCCCCGCUCACCGGCUCCCCCAGCGAGAAGAACGGGGCGGUGAUGGUGAAGGUGUCCGAGGAGAAGGACCGUGAGGCCGCCGCCAAGUUCACCGGCCUCUCCAAGGAGGAGCUGCUGGAGGUGGCCAGCACCCCGGCCUGGGUGCGCACCCGCUGGGCCCUCCUGAUCCUCUUCUGGCUGGGCUGGCUGGGCAUGCUGGCCGGGGCCGUGGCCAUCAUCGUGCAAGCCCCCCGCUGCAAGGACCUGCCCAAGCAGGAGUGGUGGCAGAAGGGUGGCCUCUACCGCAUCCAGAAGGUCGAAGCCUUCCAGGACUCGGCGGCCGACGGCGUGGGUGACCUGGCAGGUCUAAAACAACGCAUGGAUUAUUUGAGUUACCUCAAAGUGAAAGGUUUGGUGAUUGGACCGCUUCACGUCAACCCCAAAGACGACCAGGCCAGAACCAACCUCCGGGAGGUCGACUCCACUUUGGGCACAUUGGCAGAGUUCCGGGACGUUUUGCAGGCAGCAAAGAAAAAGAGCUUGAAGGUCAUCUUAGACCUGACGCCCAACUAUCGGAGCGAGUCCCCUUGGUUCGGCCAACCCAUGGAUCAGAACUAUGAUCUCCAGGAGAAGAUGAAGGAAGCCAUCGAGUUCUGGCUGAAGGAAGGUGUCUCUGGGAUCCAGGUUGGAAGCGUUGAGAGCUUAAAUGACACUCAGAUCUUGGAUUCCUGGAAGAACCUGACCGAACAAUAUGCCGAUGACCAUGCCAGGGUUUUGAUCGCUGUGACGCGGAAGCAGGACGCCCAGGGCAUUUUCUCCCUUCUCAACGAGACCGCAGGCGUGGAUGUGCUGACCAGCGAGUACCUGGCGGGGUUGGCGAAGAGCGACCAGGACGACGCCAAGAAGGGAGAAACCGCUUCCCAGAUGAUCAAGAACUACAUCCGAGCGGCUGGGGACAAGUGGGCUGGAUGGAGCUUGGCGAGAACCAGCAGUGGCUACUUGGACGCUUUCAGGGGUGAGCAGCUACUCCGCCUGUACCACAUGCUCCUCUACACGUUGCCAGGGACGCCGUUUACAGACUAUGGCGACGAGAUUGGGCUGCGGGACCUCCCUGGACAGCCUGCAGCGUCCAGUGCUAUCCGUAUGCAGUGGGACAAUUCAGCAAACUUUGGGUUCUCAAAAGAGGCACAGCAGGCGGGCAGCCAGGCAACUAGUAAUGUCACGGUUCAGGCUCAGCGUGGCAACAAGGACUCGGUCCUGACCUUCUUCCAGCAGCUGAGCGACCUGCGGGGCAAGGAGCGCUCGCUCCUCCACGGCGACUUUUCGGACUUUUCGGAGGCCGGCAGCUCCAUCCCGGGGGUCUUCUCCUACCUGCGGGUCUGGGACCAGAACAAGCGCUUCCUGGCGGUGCUCAACUUUGGGGCCCAGGAGAGCACUAUCACCAUCGCGCACCCCCACCUGCCGCCCGAAGUCACGCUGGAGCUGAGCACGGACCCCAGCCGGGAGAAGACGCAGCUGAGCCUCCAGGGCCUGAAGUUGGGGCCCUUGGAAGGGCUUUUGCUUAGCUUCACAUAUGUGGCUUAAGCCUAUCAAUUGUCAGUGUUUUAGCUCUGGAACGGAAGCAGCACUCUCUUCUUAUAUCUGACGGACUCUGUAUGUAACUCAUCCGUGUCUUGUCUCCACUUGCCUUGCUCAUUCCUUAUACAUUCCUAUCACUCCAGAUGUGGUUAGACAGACGUCAACUUUGCAGAAUUAUCGGCAAAAAAUAAUAGAUUUACACCUCAGUGGAGGUGGGAGCCCACCAACAUUUGGAAGAACGCAAGGUCCCCCUCUUGAGUCUAACAUCACCCCCUAAGCCCCCCAAAACAACAAAAUAUUUGCAUUUUGUAUCAGGUGGGACCAUAGAUAUAUAAUUCUUUUUUUAAUAAAUUUUUAUUGAAAAAAACCCCCCCAGUUUUAUACAUAAAAGUGGGGGAACAAUAUAGGUAUAGGAAAGUAGGAAAUCAGCAAAGGAGAAAAGAAAAGGAAAAAAAAAGGAGGGAGGCAGUUUUGGAAAAGUGGUAUUUGGUGACUUCCGUUCUUCCUCCUCCUGUAAAAUAGUAGUUUAGCACUGUCAAUAUAAAAACUAAAUACAAGUUCUUUCCCACUCGUAACUUUAAUGUUUCUUAAGAUAAUUUCCUAAAAGUGACCAGUCCGUCUUCUUUAUUCCACGACCAUGGUUUUCUUUUAAUAGAAAUGUUAAUUUGUCCAUAUCUUUUAUUUCCAUUAUUUUAAUAAUCCAAUCAUUCGUUUCAAGAAUAGUAUCUAACUCCCAACUUCUGGCGAAAGCUAGUCUUGCCGUUGUUGUUAAAAAAGUAAACAAUUUAUCUAGAAUAAUUCUAGAUCAAACAUCCCCAAAAAGUAAAAUUCCGGUUUCAUUGGGAA